UUCUCCCUCCAAAAUAUUACACAGUAUUUGCGCGCCAUCUACUCGUUUAUCGUCGGUUUUCCAAUCAUUCCAGUCGGACAUCUUCGAUUUCCAUUCUCUUCUUCUUCUUAUUUCCAAUGAAAAUGUAAACAAACACAGCAAGAAAAUUGAUUUCUUUUCGUUUACUUUUGCGAAUUUGUGGAAUUUGGUGAAGAAAAAGAUCUCAGAAGAUGCCCAAAGUUGUGUCAAGGAGUAUUGUGUGUUCUGAUUCAAAGGAUCAAGAAGAGUACAAUGAGACAAAGCCCUUGAACAUCUACUACUGCCUCUGUGGGAUGAUGUCCCUCAUUCUAGAUUGUAACAUUGAGAAGCUACCCCUGCGUCAGGCAGAUGGAGCGAGGGUAAUUGAUGGUGCAUACCAUGCCCACAAGAUCACGAGCAUCCCCGAUGAGACAACCUUCAUCCGGAGAGCAAAGGGGAUUGAGAAGCAAUUCCGGAUGAAGUGCAAACGCUGCUCCCUACCACUGUACUAUCGUCACAGCACCGGAAGCAAUGUUACGUUCAUCUUCAGGGGUGCUUUGGUGUCUUCGCGAGCUGGUGGUGAGAACCAAACCACCGGCACGGGAUUUGAUGUCUACAAGCAAGUAGUUCAGGCUACGCCACAGAAAAUCAUGGUGACGAAACAUACGAAGAAUAUGGGCAAGUUUAGUUCAGUCACAGUGUCAACAAUUGAUGAGGAAGAGGAUGAAAUUGAAGCACGUGAAAUUGCCGAUAGCUAUGCUAAUAAUGCUCGAAUAAUUGAGAAGCAAUUGCAGAGAAAAUCAAGUAAAACGAAUGAGGGCACGCAGAAAAGCGGCGAUAGUGAAGCUGGUCCGAGUCAAUGCAAAAAAUCACGCGGAACUCUUAUCGAUAUGUGAAGAAAAUGUGAAAGAGUAAGAAUAAAAUGCGAUCUCUUUUGCAAAA